UCAAUCGUCGAAUUAUAAGAAAAAUCUAUUAUAAAACAUUUUUUAAUAACUCGAUAAUUAUUUUAAAUAAGAAUAAUAUUAGUUUUUUUAAUAUAUGGCAAUACCGCCUACUCAGAUUCCCCCAAUGCCUCCCCCAUUUCACCCGGGGAUGGGAGCAGGGACCUAUCAACCAGGAGGACAUGGAUAUGUGCCUGGAUAUGCACCAAAUUAUGGACCAUCAAUUCCAGUUGGCCAAUUUGGAGGCUACAAUGCGGCGAGCCCAGGAGAAUACGGGACAGAAUGGGCAGGCACCUCCUUUUCCGAUAAAGCUAUAAGGAAGGCAUUCAUUCGUAAAGUAUAUCUUAUCCUCCUCUGCCAACUGGCAUUAACCGCUGGGAUAAUCGCCGUUUUCAUAUUCAUCCCCGAGGUAAAGUUUUAUGUCAUGAGAAACAUAUGGACAUAUUACAUGGCAUUUGCCAUAUUCUUUGGAGUGUAUUUAGCCCUCGUGUGUUGCAAUGAUCUGAGACGCAAAGUUCCUGGAAAUUUCAUUUGCUUGACCAUCUUUACAAUAGCUAUGGCCUAUAUGAUGGGUGUUGUCAGUUCAUUUAAGAAUACCAACAUGGUUUUGAUGGCUAUGGGUAUAUGCUGUGUAGUAUGCUUUGCCGUCAUCUUAUUUUCCAUACAGACAAGGUUUGAUUUCACGAAGCUUGGUGGUAUCUUGUUCGUAUUCUGUAUAAUCCUUUUUGUUUUUGGGAUCUUAACCAUAUUCACCCACAACAAGAUAAUGAAUACGGUUUAUGCCGCUUUUAUGGCCUUGCUCUUUAUGGGGUAUCUGGCCUACGAUACGCAGACUCUGAUGGGGAACAAAAAGUACGCUCUAAGUCCAGAAGAAUACAUAUUUGGAGCACUUCAGUUGUACCUUGAUAUAGUAUACAUAUUCAUGGCUAUUCUUAGUCUCAGUAGUUUGGGUAGUAGCAACUAAUGAAAAGAAGCAAACAAGAUUAAUGGGGCAACCCUUUUGUAUCAUUUAUCUACCAAAUAAAUUAGAUUUUACAUCUUGGCCAUUAUCUUAUUUAAAUAUAAAUACACCACCCAUUAUCGAAUCAACUAGAUUAGCUAUUUCUAAAAUAUUUGAAUGCGUUUUUUUUUUUGAAAAAAAU